GUUUGAUUUAUCCUCUUCAGCUUCUAGGGUACAAGGAAUAAUGUCUCCAUCGAGGGAAUGAUUUGGGUUCCUGACUGACUGAGUGACAGAAAUGCAUCUCCAUUUGCUGCUGCUGAUUCUACCUCUGCUGUUCUUCGGAGUUUUUGGUUUGGAAGUGGAAGUCCAAGCGCUUAUCGAGUUCAAGAAAGGGAUCCAAGACGAUCCACUCGGGCGUGUGCUCAACUCAUGGGACCGCAGUUCAGUGAUACCACCCAACGAUUGCCCUCAGACCUGGUAUGGGAUUGUCUGCGACGCCGGCUCUGGUUCCGUCACGGCUCUUGUUCUCGACGAAUUGAAUUUGUCCGGAGAUUUAAAGUUUGCUACGUUGACCCCGCUCACAAUGCUGAAGAAUCUCAGCCUCUCCGGGAACUUUUUUACUGGUCGGCUGGUCCCGACCAUGGGUGGGAUGACUAAUCUGCAGUAUUUGGAUCUGUCCAGGAAUCAGUUCUACGGCCCGAUCCCUGAUACGAUGAACAAUCUCUGGGGUUUGAACUAUCUCAACCUCUCUUCCAAUGGUUUUACUGGUGGAUUCCCGGCUGGAAUCAGGAAUCUUCAGCAGUUGAGGUUCUUGGAUUUACAUUCUAAUAGACUUUGGGGCGACAUUGGAGAUUUGUUGUCGGAGUUGCGUAAUGUCGAAUACGUCGAUUUGAGCUUUAAUGGGUUUUAUGGGGGUCUUUCCUUGGCCGCUGACAACAUUUCUACCUUGUCUAAUACCAUUCGGUAUGUGAAUAUGAGUCACAAUAGCUUGAAUGGGAACUUCUUUUCACAUGAUUCAUUUAAUAUGUUAAGGAACUUGGUCGUUUUGGACCUUGGGGACAACCAGCUUACUGGACAGCUCCCUUCAAUUAACUCAUUGCCUAACCUUCAAACUUUACGCCUUGGGAGCAAUCAGUUGUACGGACCCAUUCCGGAAGAUCUGCUGGGAGAUUCUAUUCCGCUGGAGGAACUGGAUCUCAGCCACAAUGGGUUUUCAGGUUCAAUUCAGGGAAUCACGUCUCCUGUUUUGAAAAUUUUGAAUCUUUCAUCAAAUGUGCUAGCCGGAUCACUGCCUUCCACUUUAGGAGGAUGUGUAAUUCUGGAUUUGAGCAAAAACAUGAUUUUUGGUGACAUAUCCACUGUGCAGAGUUGGGGGGACUCUAUGGAGGUUAUUGAUUUGAGCUCAAAUUCUUUGUCAGGCAGCUUCCCAAAUCUGACUACCCAGUUUCAGAGGUUGACUUCUAUAAAUGUUAGAAAUAAUUCCUUAGUAGGUGACCUGCCUCUUGCAUUAGGAAACUACCCAAAACUUUCUGCAGUUGACUUCAGCUUGAAUGCACUAACAGGGUAUAUUCCGACUAGUUUCUUCACCUCAUUGACCUUAACAAACCUGAAUCUCUCAGGAAAUCACUUUACUGGGCCAAUCCCUCUUCAAGGUCCACACACCACUGAAUUAUUAUUUUCACCUUCUUAUUCACAAAUCGAAUCCCUUGAUCUCUCCAGUAAUUCAUUAACUGGUUCCUUGCCUUCCGCAAUAGGUAAUAUGGGUAGGCUUAAGUUGCUAAACCUUGCAAAGAACAGCUUGUGUGGACAGAUACCAAGUGAGCUUAGUAAACUUAAUGGCUUGGAGUACCUUGACUUAUCAAACAAUCAUUUCGAUGGUGAGAUUCCUGAUAGGCUCCCAUCAACUCUAAAUUUUUUCAAUGCGUCCUAUAACGAUUUAUCUGGUACUGUUCCUGGAAAUUUGAGGCAUUUCCCCCCUAAUUCAUUUCAUCCUGGAAAUCCUUCACUAAUCUACCCAACUGAGUCUGGUUCUGGGGGUUUUCAAGGUAGUGGGCAACAUCACAGUUCAAAAACUAGUAUCAGAGUGGCGAUUGGUCUUGCUUCUGUUGGGGCAGUGGUGAUGAUUAUCUUUGUUUUACUGGCAUAUUAUCGAGGGCACUUGCAAGAAUUUCCUGGAAGAAGUGGAAUUAGUGGGCAAACUAUGGGGAGGGAUAUUAAGCUGGGAAGAUUUGCUCGACCAUCCCGUUUAAAGUUCCAAAAAAAUGUUAAUCCCCCUCCAACUUCGUUAAGUUUUUCAAGUGAUCACUUGUUAACUUCGAAUGCAAGGUCAAUGUCUGGGUUCGUAAUUAAAACAUCAGAGCAUGGUUUAACUGAAGGAAUAGAAGCAGGUCCAGAGCCUAUAAAGCCUGAUAUUCCAGAUAAUCAUCCUCCAAACUCUGGACGAAAGUCAUCAGAAGGGUCUCCCUUCUCUUCGUCACCCUGUUUUAUUGAGGCUUGUGAGCAACCGGUGAUGUUAAAUGUGUACUCACCAGAUCGAUUAAUUGGGGAGCUAUUUUUCCUGGACAGCUCAUUAGUAUUCACAGCUGAGGAGUUGUCUCGAGCACCGGCAGAAGUUCUCGGUAGAAGCAGUCAUGGGACUCUAUACAAGGCUACCCUAGAUAAUGGACAUAUUUUGACUGUGAAGUGGUUGCGAGCAGGACUCGUCAAACAUAAGAAAGAAUUCGCUAAGGAAGCUAAAAGAAUUGCAUCUAUUAGACAUCCAAACAUUGUUCCUCUAAGAGCAUAUUAUUGGGGGCCCCGGGAACAAGAAAGGCUGAUUCUAGUGGAUUAUAUCCAUGGAGAUAGCUUGGCCCUACAUCUCUAUGAGACUACUCCUCGAAGGUACUCCCCAUUGUCGUUUAGCCAGAGACUGAAAAUUGCAGUUGACGUUGCUCGGUGUUUAACAUACCUCCAUGAUAAUGGCCUCCCUCAUGGCAACCUAAAGCCAACAAAUAUACUCCUAACAGGCCGUGAUCUUACUGCUCGCAUCACAGAUUAUGGUCUCCAUCGUCUCAUGACACCUGCUGGCACUGCAGAGCAGAUCUUAAACUUGGGAGCACUUGGUUACCGGGCCCCAGAGCUUGCAACUGCGGCCAAACCUUUGCCAUCCUUUAAGGCCGAUGUCUAUGCAUUUGGGGUGAUACUGAUGGAACUGUUAACUAGAAGAAGUGCUGGUGACAUUAUUUCUGGCCAGACAGGUGCAGUAGAUCUUACAGAUUGGGUCGGACUUUGUGCCCAUCAAGGACGAGGAAUGGAUUGCUUUGAUAGAGACAUUGCUAGUGGGGAAGAACCUAAUAAAGCAAUGGAUGAAUUGCUUGCCAUAUCACUGAGGUGUAUUCUUCCUGUGAAUGAGAGGCCUAAUACCAGACAAGUUUUUGAGGAUCUCUGUUCUAUAUCUGUUUGAAAUGUACAUGUGUCUUCUAAUAGUUUUUGUUUUUAAUCUUCCUUGUUUUCUAUUUUUCCCCUUCCUUUAUUGGGUCCCAAGCCUUCUGAUCUGGGCUAAUCUUCAAUUUUUUACCCCGCCUUUGAUGUAAAGGAACUGAUUGAUCAAUUGAUUGAUUGAUUUAUUUGAGAGCUUGAAUUGCAAGGAUUGUAAUUUUUA